AUGAGUGUUGACCGAGAACAUCUCCUUGAGGAGCAUUCCCCCGAUACUCCAGCACAUUACUUGCACUCAUCGGUUGAUAAUGAAUCCACACGUCUACCCCAGACGAUCGCCCAUCGGGGCUACAAGGGACAGUUCCCAGAGAACACAAUAUGCGCGAUUGAUGGAGCCAUUCAGGCAGGGACUCAUGCACUAGAGCUCGACCUGCGUCUCUCUCAGGAUGGAGUCGUGGUGUUAUCGCAUGAUGCGACUCUGCAGCGAUGCUUCGGCAUCAAGAAGAAGGUAGAGGAAUGCGAUUGGGACUAUUUAAAAACAAUUCGCACCCUGAAGGCUCCACACGAGCCGAUGGCGAGGCUAGUCGACGUCUUGGACUUUAUGCGUCAACCCGGGCGCGAACAUAUCUGGAUCUUGCUUGACAUCAAGCGUAGUGACGACCCGGAUAUCGUCAUGCGACGAAUCGCCGAAACGAUUGAAUCAGUGCCCAUCCCGGCUAUAGGACCGGACUGGCAUCGGCGGGUCGUCCUGGGAUGCUGGUCAUCGCUAUAUGUACCUCUGCGCGCACGAUAUUUGCCCCGCUAUUCGAUGACCUUGAUCUGCUUCGAUCUAGGUUACGCCCGCCAAUUCCUGCAGGUGCCGCGGAUCUCUUUCAACGUCAACCAGAUUGUUCUUAUGGGCCCGCUCGGCCGUGGCUUUUUGGAAGAAGCGCGGGCUGCACGUCGCUGCGUGUAUUUAUGGACGGUGAACUCUCCAAGCCUGAUGCGCUGGGCCAUUCGUCAUGAAGUGGAUGGAGUCAUUACGGAUGAGCCAGCUCGAUUCCGGCAAGUCUGUGAGGAGUGGGAGAAGGAAGAGAGGAACGAAACAGGUGCCUUCCAUGAUCCGCAGUUGGAUCGGCUCACCGUGGGUGAGCGGCUUCGAAUCAUGGCCGUGGCCGUGUAUCUCCUGCUCUUCGGUUGGUUCCUCAAGCUCAAGUACCUCCCCUCCGUGGAGCGCGUGCAGUUCGAGCAACGCAAGAUUAAUUGA